AUGGAAUUUAAACAGGUUUGUUCUUUUUUUUUUUUUGAAUAACGACAUUUCAAUAUUCAAAGCGUUGUAUCUCAGGCGCCUGUGGAGAUAUCAAAAAGUGAUCAACUGAUAAAAUGUGCAGAAUUUCUUAAAGAACAUUUUCUGAGUUGACAACUUUUUGAUAACUCAACUCUCAAUUGAGAUAUAUCGUUUUGAAAGAACGGCUAUGCUGUACCUUUAUUUGUUGUCAAAACUGGCUUUUUCUGUGUGUGUGUGUGUGUGUCGCGAUCUUUUUUCGAUCUGUAAAAGUCAAGAAGAAUCAUUUUUUGCUCUGGCGAAACGUCUCAUUUCCGGAAUAGGCGUAGUUCGCACUUAUCGACGAAUUCUCGCAAAAUGUGUAGUUCGCACCUUACCUCAAACCGGAAGAAUCGUCGGUUUUCGUUGACAAGUGUGAAUUGGACAAGUGUACAUCAAAUGUUGAAUCUUACAGGAAUCGGAAGCCACUGAUUCGACGCCCGCUGCUCCGGUGAAACGGGAAAAACGAAAGUAUCGAUGCAGAAAGAGGAGUCCGGCGGCGAUCGAACGCGCGAAAACAGUUCGGAGGGACAAGGUUUGAGCGUUUUGAGGUUGCUGCGACACGAAACAAUUGUAAAAUUUGCAGGCGAACGCUCGCGAACGUCGUCGUAUGAACAGUCUGAACGACGCGUUGGAGCACUUGCGAACGAUCCUUCCGUCGCUGCCGGACGAGCCCAAAAUGACAAAGAUUGAGACGUUGCGCAAGGCGCAGGAGUGAGUUUAGGGGAAAUUGUACUUUUUGGCCUAAAAACUGUUUAAUGAGUGUCAUAGAACUAUAACUGAAAUGUCCAAACUGAAAAGCAUGUGAGCAAGAGCAAAGGACAAAAAGCCGGCCCAGGCUUUUUGAAGGCCUGCCGAGGCCUGGACUUUAGACCCAUUUGCGAGUAUCCGAUCGGGCCCAAACUUUGCACACUUCUUGGACUUGGGUUGAAGUAUAUUGGGUCCGAGUUUCAGACCCAUCGGAUCAUUUAGUCCCGAGAUAAGUGGAUUACAGGUCGAAAAGCCCGCAAUUUUCGCAAAAACCCGGUCUUUUCCAGUAAACCAGUAAAUCUCGGGACCGGAUAAUCCGAUCGGUCUGAAACUUGGACCCAAUAUACUUUGAUCCAUGUUCAGGAUGUCUGCAACGUUUGGGCCCGAUCGGAUCCUUGCAAAUGGGCAUAAAUUUGCCCAGCCCUGAAACUGACUGAAAUAAUCCUUUUCAUUGCAGAUACAUCGCGCGCCUGUCGUUCGAGCUCUCCGGCGACUCCUCGCCAUCGCCCACGCACCCGUCGCCCGUGUUUUCCUCGAAUUGCUGUGAAUCGUCGUGCUCGUGCUGCUCGGCGAGCCAAUCCCUUCAAUCGACGCCCUUCCAGAGCCCUUCGUUCCCGCCGCCAGGCUCCGCCCACUUUUACAGUACCCCCAACCAGAAUCACUAUUAUCAUUCGCAUCAUCAGUCUCCUCAUUUCCCCAAGUAA